AUGGCGGACAAAUCGAGACCCAGCACGUUAACCGUUUACCUUUACGUGCCCAACAUCAUUGGAUACAUAAGAAUUAUAUUGAAUUGCUUUGCCUUCGCCAUAUGCUUCAAGGACAAAUAUCUUUUCUCGGUUCUGUAUUUUAUUAGCUUUGCGUGUGAUGCAUUAGAUGGUUGGUUUGCACGCAAAUUGAACCAAGUUUCAACCUUUGGAGCUGUUCUCGACAUGGUUACGGAUAGGAUAAGCACUGCCUGCCUGCUGGUAAUACUCUCCCAAGUUUAUAGGCCUGGCUUCAUUUUCUUGUCGUUGCUUGCUCUAGAUAUUGCCAGUCACUGGUUGCAAAUGUACAGUUCCUUCUUGGUAGGCAAAACUAGUCAUAAAGACGUAAAGGAUAGUAGCAGUUGGCUGUUCAGGGCUUACUAUGCGAAUCGCAAAUUUAUGGGUUACUGUUGUGUAUCCUGUGAGGUUCUUUACAUUAUUUUGUUUCUUCUGGCAAAGAAGCAAACCGAGAAUUUGACUGAUGUUUUAGUGAAUGCUGCAAUGCAAAGUUGGAUAUACUUAACUCUAUUAGCUUUAAUUUUAUUCGGAUGGACAAUCAAGCAAUCAGUCAAUCUUAUCCAGAUAAAGACUGCGGCAGAUGCAUGCAUACUAUAUGACAUCAACAAAAAGCAAAAGGAUUGA